ACGGACAAGUAUUUAGAAACAUGGGUAAAAAAAGGUCUAUAGCAGAGGCCUACAUUUUAGGGAUUUCUUUCGGAUGGUUAGGUGCUCAUCAUUUCUACUUGGGACGAAAAGGACUUGGUAAAUUGUAUGCCUGUACACUGGGUCUUUUUGGAAUUGGAUAUAUAUUUGAUUUGUUACGUAUGCCUCAGUUGGUGAAACAUGCAAACGAACGAGCGUCAGAAGUGGUGUUUUCAGACAUAUACCUAAUAUGGGCGCUCGGAGGAAUAUUCGGUGCGCAUCAUUUCUACCUUGGCAACAAGAAAGUUGGCAUCUUCUACGCAUGUACACUAGGAGUGUUCACCAUGGGCUGGAUAGUAGAUCUGUUCCGAAUGAAGCAUCUUGUAGAAGACCGUAACAAUCCAUCCGAGGAAACGUCUCUCGGAACCGCCUAUAUUUUUGCUUUACCUCCCUUGGGUAUUUUUGGAGCAUAUCAUUAUUACUUAGGCAAUGUAAAAUUAGGUUUGGUAUACACUUUCACGUUCGGAAUCUUUGGAAUCGGAUGGAUAGUUGACUUGUUCCGCAUGCCAAGACUAGUACGGAAAGCCGGAUUGAAUAAGAAAUAUACUGGGACUUCGUACAUAAUAGCUAUGCUUCCCUUCGAACUUUAAGGCGCACAUCAUUAUUACUUAGGAAAUUAUUUCGUAGGACUUGUUUAUACAUGUACGUUUGGAGUAUACACAAUAGGUUGGUUUAGGGAUCUCUGCAGAAUGAAGAAUCUCGUCAAAGCUUCAAAUGACCCAACCAAUGACCAUGGUACAACAAAGUGUACUGCGUACAUUUUGUGGAUUUCACCAUUCGGAAUCCUUGGAGCUCAUCAUUUUUACUUAGAAAGAUACUGGAAUGGCGUUUUUUAUUUUGCAACUUUGGGACUGCUCGGGUUCGGCUGGUUAAUUGAUAUCUUCAGACUUCCGGCUUUAUACAAACGUUAUGCCGGUAAAGACAAAAACAAAUACCUUGAUGAAGCAUACAUGUACUGGCUUCCAUUCGGAAUAUUCGGUUUUCAUCAUUUCUAUCUUGAGAAUAAAAAAUGGGGAAUCCUAUAUAUUUGUACCCUAAGCUGUCUUGGUAUUGGCUGGUUAGUUGAUGGUUUUCGCAUGCCUGUGCUAAUUAAAGAAUAUAACAAACGUAUCGAAGAUGAGAUGAAACAUGAUGAAUCAAACAACCAUGACAUAUGUACAACAGGUUUGAUGACAUCUAACCAGACGACAACACAAACUAACAAUUGUGUAGAGAAAGAUAAUUAUCAUUGUUCUAGCGAUGAAAUAGUGACUGCAUAACAUGAACUUCAGUUAUAUCUAAUAUAAGAUUCAGCUUAGCAAACGAUUCUUUCGAAUUCUACCGCAUGCUAUAUAUUCUGCCUUUUAAGAAAAUCUGUUUGUGCAUCAUGUUACAGAUGUUUAAAUUGGUUGCUUUAUGAUAUAAAACCUGAAGUACGUGCAGAAGUAGCCCAUUCAGAACGUCUGCAAACCUGAACAUUAACAUUAAUUUUUCAAAUUUCAACUGUAUCAUUACUUGACCGUCAACUAUUUCAUCACGUGAUUUUUAGCAUGGAUUUUUUAAGUCAUGCAUUAACGUUGUAUUUAUCUCCGUUCUACAUCAGCAAAUAUUCAAUGUACGGUACGCAUAUUUGUUCUUUGUCAAUAAAUUAAAGAUGCAUGAACACAUAUUUACAUAAAAGCUAGAUCUAUGUUAUAUUCGUUAUGAAUAUGACUGAGUCUAAAAUGGGGGUUCUGAUUCCUUUCCUGUGCAGUUAAGUGUGAAGUAUCAACCAUUAUGUUCAUCCUCUUCAGGCAAAACCUCAAAACAAUUCAAAGAAAUCAAGUUUAACUUGUACAAAAGUAUUACUAAGAAACUUUUCACUACUCAAAAGAAUGUAAAAUUCGCGAGAACCUAUUCACUUGAAAACAAAAUAUUUGUAUUUAGUGUCAUAAAAAGUCAUACCUGUUACAACGAUUAUCAUACUUUGUAAAUUUUCCGGGAAGCCAAUGUCACGGUGACGUCAUUUCCUAUUCCCUACAUUCUCGUACUGGUGUAAGAUUAUUAAUUGCAGUUUUUUCCCAAUUCCUUUACUAUGAUUUAUUCUCUUUUUAAGAAAAUACUUAUUUCUUUCAACGAAAUGGAAACCUUUUGAAUGAUAGAUCGAUGAUGUUAUGUAUCCUCUGCAGAGACAACUACUUCCUCUCCGAUAAGGCGAAAGUUUUUAGCUCAGCACCUUUAAAUCCGGCUGAUUCUAUUUCACAUAGAAUUAUCCACUUAUUUUAUAACGGUUUUUCGACUUUUUCUAACACAUCAGAUUUUCAGAAACUUAUAUUCCCAUAAAGAACUAUAUCGACACUAUAGAAAAAACAGAAGGAAAAGAGGGUGUUUACUUUAAUAUUAGAAAACUACAGUUCGUAAAAUGCAACCCGAUGAAUUUACACAUUUUCACUUCUUUCAAUGUCUUUAAUCGAAACAUAGAAUUCUUACGCCGCCUUUUUUUUUUACCUCGCGUGCGAUAGGAACAUGCCGUUUUCGAUAGAAUGCUGCACAUGCUGAAUGUUGAAACGUGGUACAGUAAAAGAAAACGGGAGGCUAUUGAGAAAGGGCACGAGGAAAGGAAGAAAGAAAGUAACACUAUUUAUAUUUGGACUGCCUGUGACCAGCGGAGGCUUACAUUUUAUUUGGUAAUGUUCUGUAUUUGAAAUUCACCACGUAGGCCACACCAAAUUAAAGUCUUGUUCUUCGGAUUUUUUUUUCAAAAAUAUUUGGGGCGAGCGAGCGAAAAAAAAUGUGUUUUUUUUUUUUUUUUUCAAAUCAUCAUUUAUUGAAGUCGUUUUAACACUAGAUCAAGUAUGUUUCUGUCUAUAGGCCGGAAAAAAACAAAUGUGUUUGAAGUAACAUUCAGACAGCAUUGUCUUUGGA